CAUACACCUUCGCCAUGCGAGAAACCCUCUGGGAGACGCUCUCCUCGGACCCAGUCUGGAAACAAAAAGCCUUCGAUACUAACAUAACCACCCGGAACAAGAGCUUCUCGGUGCCGCGGCACAACAACUACCCGGUGCGAGAGCGCCUCCCUCCAUCCCCAUCAAUCCGGAGCAACCCCUGAAGCCAUUCAUCAUUGUCGAAAUUGGCGGUCCAGGGAGUGGACAUCCAGCGGUUCGCGACGAUAUUCCCCGACGUGCCAUGGGACUGAUACUCGAGGAUCUCCGGGAGACGGUGAACGGGAUCCCUUCGGGGCUCGUCUCGAGAAUUCGACCAAUGGUGUAUAAUUGUUUUACGCCGCAGCCAGUCAAAGGUAAGAGUUGAAUCUGCCUUGCUUCUGAUCGGCUUCGAGUUUUGUUUCCGAUUCCCUGCUUUCUACUUAUCUUCUCAAAAUAUCCAUGGGAGAAAUUCCAGGAGCGGACCUCUAUUACCUCAAAUCGAUCCUGCACAAUUGGAACGACGAAGCAGCCCGAGUCCGAGGCGGCAGUGGGGAGUUACUGGUCCGGGUGGCGGUGUGGCCCGGGGAGGGAGCCGAUCCGCAAUGCGUGAUUGAGAGUUGUUUGGUGGAGUCUGAGGCAUGAGUGUAGGGUUUGGCUGUAGGAAGUUUCAUUCACAUCCGGUUCUGCUCAG